UCAUGCAUAUAGCUGGGCAAACAACUGUUCUAAUCCGCAUUAUCUUAAUCCAAAUCUGGCGGUUUAUACAGAUGUUUUGCGCUAACGGUUAGCGGCCAAAAACCUCCGCUUGUCCACAUGCCAGUGAAAGUUCUAAUCCGGCUCAAACAGACUGUUGUGCGUCUCGUAUCUCGUAUCUCGUGCGUGGAAUCAUGAAUGAAUGAGUGUUGCUUUCAACAAUGGACCCUUUACCAAUCGCCUUAUCAGCAGAAUUGAACUGAAAGUGUUAGCUGAAAAUAGCUCUUCAACUUUAAACAACCACAAUUAGUGAAUAACUUAUGGUGCAUAGUAGUGAAACAUGAAGAUUCCUUUGUAUCUUUUCAUCUUAAAAGAUAUGCUGUUUGAACUUUAAAUUACCCUUGUAAUUUAGCACACUUAUUAGAUCUGUUUUAUGUAGCACCAAGUUCGGAUCGUGACUUGCGAUUAGUGCUGCAAUCGCAGUGCAUUGCCCAAUCUAUUGAUUAUCUGCAACUUGUGGCAGACUGCCGCAAUAAUUCGAUUGACACUAUCAGCCAGCUCCAUUGAUUGAGAUAAGCCCGUUCUCACGCGGUGUUUUACACUUCUUUACAAACGCCAAGUCACGGCCCUCGUCAUAUAAAAACCAUAGUAUAAAUAGUCGGGAAUCUUUUGGGUUUUACGAUCGACCGUGUAUUUCCUGCUCCGUCCAAUGGGCCAUAUAGGCACAUAUAAAGUGGGUGCUCCAUCGCUUGCCGUGCGAAAGUGUGCUCCAAUUGCAAAGUUGUAACAUUGAGCGACAUUUGAUGAAGGUUGCCGACUUUUAUCUCGAAUUCCAGAUGGAGCGAGCGUGCGUAGAUUGCACUGAAAGCUUUUUAGAACAACUAGGUAUCAAAUAGGUAUUAUAUCAUUUUAUCAUAUAAUAUUCCCCAUUGAUUGAGUGUCUGCAAGGGUCAUUAAAUUAAGCAUAAAAAAAAUAAAGGUGUCAGGAACUGCAUUCCAUACUCCUACGAGUAGAUAUCAAUUUCACCCGAUCGUGGUCAAUUGGUCAAUUGAAGUAAUUCACGAUUGAAUCAAUACAAUACCAUAUAGGGCUUCAUUGCGGAAGAUGCCAGCAGGAGUGGAUGCUCAUGCAUGAAUAAGAAAUGAAGUUGAACGAAACCAGAAUGGAUCUCAGCACACACCGCCUGACCACUUGGCUGCUCCUCCUCCUGGCCACAGUUGCCCUGGGAAAUGCCCAAACCAGUCUGCUCACCGUCGAUUCCCAUGACAUCACCGUUCUGCUGAACGGCAACGAGACUUUUCUGGUCUUCGCCAACGGAUUACUAGCCAGCGAUGUGCAAGUUACGCUGGGAACGGAUUCAGAGGAUCACUUGCUCCUCGAUCCCGCGUCCUUCGUUUAUCCAGCGGGCAGUACUCGGAAUCAGUCGGUGGUGAUAACUGGCCUCAAAGCCGGCAACGUCAAAGUGGUCGCCGAUAGCGAUGAUGCGAACAAAGAGAUUGUGAAGGAUGUGUUCGUUCGCGUGACUGUGGCCAAAUCGAGAGCUUUGAUCUACACCUCCAUCGUCUUUGGCUGGGUUUACUUUGUGGCCUGGUCGGUAUCCUUCUAUCCGCAGAUCUGGAGCAACUAUCGCCGCAAGUCCGUCGAGGGUCUGAACUUCGACUUCCUGGCCCUCAACAUCGUGGGCUUCACCCUGUACAGCAUGUUCAACUGCGGCCUCUACUUUAUCGAGGAGCUGCAGGAGGAGUACGAGGUGCGAUAUCCGCUGGGAGUGAAUCCUGUGAUGCUCAACGACGUGGUCUUCUCAUUGCACGCCAUGUUCGCCACCUGCAUUACGAUCCUGCAGUGCUUCUUCUAUCAGAGAGCACAGCAAAGGGUGUCGUUCAUUGCCUACGGAAUCCUGGCCAUCUUCGCCGUGGUGGUCGUCGUGUCCGCCGGUUUGGCCGGUGGAUCCGUCAUUCAUUGGCUGGACUUUCUGUACUACUGCAGCUACGUCAAGCUGACCAUCACCAUCAUCAAGUACGUGCCGCAGGCUCUGAUGAACUAUCGCCGGAAGAGCACCUCCGGCUGGAGCAUCGGCAACAUUCUGCUGGAUUUCACGGGAGGAACGCUGAGCAUGCUGCAGAUGAUUCUAAAUGCCCAUAAUUACGAUGACUGGGUGUCCAUUUUCGGGGAUCCCACCAAAUUCGGACUGGGUCUGUUUUCCGUGCUCUUCGAUGUGUUCUUCAUGCUGCAGCACUACGUGUUUUACAGGCAUUCGAGGGAAUCCUCGAGCUCUGACCUCACCACCGUGACGGAGGUUCAAAAUCGAUCAAAUGAGUCGCCGCCGAGCGAAGUGACGACUGAGAAAUAUUAGAGUUGCAUUAUCAUAUGUCUGCUGUAGAGAAAGACUUUUGUGCCAGUAGCGCUUUAUGUACAUUUUUAGAAUUGUAAAUAUAUCCGUAUGCCGUAGCUGCCUAAGCUUUUGUAUAA